ACCAUAUUGAUGACUGUACAUUGAAAAAGAAAAUGGCGGCUGCAUCUUCAAAGAAAAAGAACGCAAAAUCGGGAAUUUUCGAUAAGGUCAGAAAAUUUAAAUAGAUUUGAGGUGUUCUUAGACUAUUUUUAUUCAAGGAAAGUGUAAUCAAUGGUAUGUUUUCGUUGUUUACUCUAUUAUCUUUUGAUUAUGUAGUGGGCCUUGGGUUCCGACCAUCCCGUGAAAAUUGAUAAAUGGGAUUGCAAUGCUGUUAAGAAUACCCUUGAUGAUGCAGCCAAGAAGGUGAGUUAUGUAUCUAACUCUUUGAAAACCAUUAUAACUCAUUCAUCUGGUCAUUGAUCUCGUGAUUUAGUGUCUUUCCUCAUACUAAAAUAUUAAAUGUAUUAAAGCUUAAUUAUAAAUUGUCGUUUAUAGACUGCAAGAAACAUUUUCUUAUAUGAAAACAAUUUUAAAUCAACAUCAAUCGACUCCAUCUUUUAUUGAAAUAUGAUAUUAAAAAUUUUCUCAAUGCUUGAAAACCCAAAGGUAGCUAUAAUGCUACUUGUUGUGUCCUCAAAAAAGAAGAAAAUACCAAAAAAUUAAUACAUUAACUCCUAGAUGCACCUUAAGUGUAAAAUAUUGUGUAUAUGUACCAAGGACCAAAAAAGAGGUCGCGAAGCUGGAUAUUGGUGUCGGUCUUUUUUGAGCUUUUAUGGACCAAGAUGACGUCAAGAUCAAUAUCCAGCCAUGCCUUGGUCGAACUAGCAUCCCCCUUAAUCUGAAUAUAUUUAUUCAUCUGCCAUGGAAUUAUCUGGGGUAACCAGCUUUCUUCAGCCUCUACAAUAGAGAUACACUCAAUAAAAAACAUGGAUGCAAAUAUUGUGUGGGGCUUUUGCAGAGAUGAAGUAACUUUUCUUGGUUUUUGUCUUUCUUUGUUUGGUUUUGUCUAAAGGGAGCGUUUUUCCCCAGGGGGGUACUCCCUAAAAUGGCCGGAGUCCAUCGGCUCCUGAUAAUGGCUUAUACAGGGAGUUUCUACCCCAAAGGGGUACCUUUUUCAGGCUUCAGCGAUAUGAAUGGGUGGGGAUUUCAUUAGUUGAACUAUAUGAAAGUGUAGGGAAAUCUGUCAUUUUGGUCUGUAAUAGGCCCAAAAGGGCUAAGAGGUGCACUUUAUACAUGUAGCUGUGAAAAAGUCAAGAGAAUGUUCUGGUUUUGUGAUCUAUUCAUAUUUUAAAGAGAGUGCUUUUACAGCAGUUAAAAGGGAUGCAAAAUUCUAAACUAGGAAUGUGAAAGGGGUAAUUUUUGUCAAUGGGAGUUGUUCAAAAGGGGUAUGUUUUUUGUCAGAAGUGGUGUACAGAAGGGUAAGGGGUUGGAUCUCACAGCAGAGCCUCUUCAUAUAAAACUUUUGUUGAGCAUGCUUUUAUCUGAAAAUUGGGCAUCAUUCCUACCUCCCUCUCACUAUUAUACCUGAGCCCCCAAUCCUUCAGUCCCUAUUAUAAUAAUUUUUUAGUACAUGUAAGUUCAAUGGCAAUCAACAGUUAAGAGUCGUUUUUUGAUACAAGUUUAUUCAAUCAAGGUGUAAAUAGCUCCACAUGCUCGGCUUAAAGAAUGAAGAAUAUGAAUUCACGUGCAAACUAAACUUGAAGUGAACAAAUUUUUGUGCAAUUUCACUGCUUGAGUUUGUAUCAGAAUGACUUGUGAAAAUGAAGAAAUGAUCGUCGCAGUGAACGCAAUUUAUGCAAUUGCAUAAAGAAGCCUGAAAAAAAAAAUAGGACUUCAACGGGGUUUGAACCCAUGACCUCACAAUACCAGUGCAAUGCUCCUCCAACUGAGCUAUGAAGCCACUGACGUUGGGAGCAGGUCAAAUUUUUUUUUCAUUCAGGCUUCUUUACGCAAUUGCAUAAAUUGCGUUCACUGCAAUGAUCAUUUCUUCAUUUUCAUUUCAUUGCCGCAGUUCAUAUAUGAUUAUUUUAUUUCAUCUAUCAUUAACACACAAAAUGACUUGUAUUGAAACAACUUUGCAUAGAAAUGACUGGUUUCCCAGUAAAAAAGCAUUUACCUGUUAUUUAUGUUUCAGGUGAUGACAGAUGCCUUUGGCUACAUAGAGGACCAUAAUGUUACAGAUAUUCGCUUGGCUAUCUGCACUAUUUCUUGCUGCUUUGCUCUAGCCGCCUUGAUAUAUGAUUAUCUCUUUCCUUUCCCUGUCUCUCGGCCCAUUCUCACCACCUGUGUGCUUUCGUAUCCUCAUGAUAAAUAAUAAUAUAGCAACUUAUACUACUGCAUGAGAAAUGUCUGCAGUUUGAUUGGCCUAGAGCAGUGGUAUUUCAGCUUAAUUUGAAAUACCUACAUGUGAAAAUUACAAACCUUUUGUGGGUAGUAGUGUAAACAAAUAAUAGCAUGAUUUGUACGUGAUAUUUGGCAUAAAUACCACUAGUGAUUCAAAAUUGUCUCAAAUUUCACUUGCCUAACCGCUUGUGAAAUUACGUAUAACAAUUCUGAAAUAACACUUGUGGUAUUUAUGCCAAAUAUCACUUACUAAUCAUGCUAUUACCUAUCCAAAUCUCCAUGAAAUGUUAUGAUUUAGGUUAUGACAUACAGUAUCACCCACCUUUUGUAAAUAUAAGUGGAUUAAUUUCAUUAAAACUAUCUGUAAAUACUAGUAGCGGGGUUCGUACAGGGUCUUGAAUUUUUGAAAUCUACGACAAGUACUUCACAAGUGAAAUUUUUUUAAUGUUGGUCAAAUCUUAUUAAAUCUCACCUGCACAUCAUGGGAUAAGCUCUGUUCCUGCAUUUUUUUAAGGUCUCUAUUGAUCACCUAUUUGAUAACCUUGAGUCUGUAAAAAAGAAGUUAUUGUUUUGAAAAAAGUCUGGAAAAAGUGUUGAAUUUUGUAUCAAAAAUCUGUACGAACCCUUUAGCAGACAAGCCACACCUUCUGCAAAGGAUUAAUCUACACCAUCUUCAGUGGUAAUUCACCUAAGAGUGAGCAAGUAACUAAGUUGUUUUGCCAUAAAAACAUACUUAAAAGUCAAAAGAUUGUGAGUUCAUGCAUGACUAGCCUGCAUUACAAUAGCCACCAUCUAUAAAUACAGAACAGGCCAUUUUGAAAUUUUUUUCACAGUUUUCAUUUAAAUGAAUUAUAUGACAACUCUCUUGCCUCAAUGAUGGAAUCAGUAGUCCAGUAGUUUUGUAUGUGUCAUAGCCAUUUACUUAUUUCCAAUGUCAUGAAACUUUAGACAGGUAAAUACAAUUCUUAACCCUUUAAGCCCCAAUAUCCACAUACAAAUUCUCUAAACUGAUCUCCAUACAUCUCCUUAAAGAAUUAGUUGAAAGAAUUUGAUAAAAGAUCAUGGAAUUUUCUCUAUGAUGAUCAUUUUAUUAAUUCUCAUAACUUUAUCUCUUGACAGUGAAUGGAUAUUGUUAGGAGAAAAUUGCUGUUGGUCACUAUUGGGACUUAAAGGGUUAAGCAAUAUUACUCACAAUAUCCGGAUGUCAUGAUACAAGCCUGAGACAGUUUGAUAACUUUCUUUAACAUUAGACUUUCCAUAACAUGAAUCUCAAAAAAUCCUCAUUCAGCAGCAUUUUGUUAUAACCAAAACAGGUUUCAUUUUAAAGUAUUAAGCAGUAUUAAACAUGAUUUUUUUUUUAAUUAAAGAAUUUAUCUAUUAGUUGUCCUGAUACUCUUAAAAUUAUGUGAUUUGGUUAAUACAGCUACCUUAACCAAUCUUAGAUAUUUUAUAUUGAUGGCCGUGCUGACAAUCUUCACAACUUUGGUGGAAAAAAAUUACAUUAUGUUUGCUGUCCAAAAGGAUGAAGCUGGAGUAGUAAGUAUUUUAAUACAGUAAAAACCCACGAGUAAGAACCUACAUUUUCCAGGGUUAGCCUAAACAGGCUCUUACAUAAAUGGUGGUUAACAUAAGUUUAGGCUAUCUAGGUUCUUAACAGGUUCUUAAUUUCUUGCAAAAAAUUAUGUCAUUGCUAAGAAGAUUUUAGUGAUCAGCACCCUUAAAUUUGCGUACCUAAUGAUUGCUUAUAUUCUAAUAUGACCAUAAUAGAGAUCUAUUCUCAAAUGAAUUUUAAUUUCUUGAGUCAAAACAACUUUAUAUACAUGAUUGUCCUGUAAAACACAAUAUGAUAAACAUUUUCUCAAUGACCUCAAUCAAACAACAUUUAUAUAUGUACUAACUUGCCUUUUGCAAUUGCAAUAAGUAAAUAUUUUGAAAUGAUUUUUGAAAAUAAGAACCUUUGUCCAAAUUUUAAGCUAAAGAGGUUCUUAUAUAUAGGGGGUCUAAAUUGCAAAUUUUAGCAUAACAGGUUCUUAAAUCUUAGGUUCUUACUCGUGGGUUUUUACUGUACUUAUUAUCAUUGUCAUCAUUGAUUAUUAUUGUUGCACAGAAGGACCGAUUGGAACAGAGCUACUAAAGAAUGUAUAAAAAAGACUUGAGGCUCAUUUGCUAAGUGCUGUUGAGGUUGAAAUUUGGAAUGUUUGUUGUGCUGUGAUAUUAAUUUCUUUUCUUGCUUCGUCAUGUUGGGGGCCUUGUCUCCUAAACAUGAACCAUUCAUACAAUGUAUUCAUAUUUCCUCAAAUAAUAGCUGUCCUGUGAUAAAUCACCUCCCCUGGGUUAUUGCCCCCCUUUGACAAAAAUAUUUAAACAGUCGCCUCCGUCAAAUAAUCACCCCCCCCCCCCCACCCCUGACCAUCUUCGUUUUCUUUUAUUCCCUCCCUGUCAAGUUAAAAGUUGACACCUCAAAUAACAAACAAGCCUUCAUUUGAUUGUUUGAUUGCAUAGGUUUUGUUACAGUUUUUUCUAUGGUAAUGUUCAUGUAUUUCACUUUUUCCUUUAUUCCUUGGAGCUCUAGGGAAAUAAAACAAAAUAAUUCUGUAACAACUUCCAGUGAGCAAUAUUUGAAAUAACCACCUCCCUCGAAUACUCACCUUCCCUCAAAUAAUAGCCCUCUUUUAGUGUGCAAAAAUAAAUAACUGCCACCCCCCGACUUUCGAGGAAAUAUGGUACUUACAUGUAUACAAGGCCUUCCAGGUGAUAAAAGUCAUAGCAGAAUCAAAAUAUGGGACUGUUUGAACUAAACUAGCAAACAGGCUAGUUUUGUUUUCCUUUCUUUUCAGGUCACUAGAAUAAAGCCUUGUUCUUUGUCAUGCAAAAAUAAAGUGAAAGAAGAUGUGUAGUUCAGUGCUGUUUCUGUCUACCAAUAAUAACAGAAAUGCGGCUUCCCACACAAGUGAAAAGUGCUUGUUUUUAGUUUUUUCUGGUCUCUUUCAUUUUUAUGUAACAAACGCACAACUCCCUUUUCCAGUGCAUUCAGUGUUCCUGCAAAGCAAACAUUUUGAUAAAUUGUAAGCGUUCUUGCAAAUCAGGAUAUCUUUUUGUUACAUUUUCUUGGAUUAAGGGUUUUAUUGUCCUUGCAAAAAGAACCGCUACGUGGAACUUUGUUAAUUCUUUAGAAACUUCUUAUUUCUUGCAAAGUCAGCAAUUUUUAUGCCCUUUCUUUUGUCAACAGGCUCUUUAAUUAAGCAUAUUAUUUUUUAUCUUGGCUGCAUAUCUCAGAGAGUUAGUACAUGUUGACUUUUUGUGAGGCAUUUUGCUGUCCCAUAGGUGAUACAAGGUUUUAUCUUUAUCCACAGGCAUCUGUUUGUGUGGCUGUUGUUGUUAUUGAAGUCUAAGCAUUAAUCUUUUGUACUUUAUAGAAGAAAAACAGAGGAACAUUAUCAUGGCUACAAAUGAUUGAUGUUCAGAUUUCACUAACAACAAUGGCCACACAAAUACAGGGUAGCCUGCCUGUACUUUAUUCGCAAAUAAAGCCAUAGUCGACUGUUAUAUUUCACAGGAGCCUGAUAAUCACUUGAGACUGAGUUCGUCACUGAAGCGCUAUGAUCAUCUCUAUAACCUAACAGUCACUUACAAAGAUGGUGUUACAAAGAAGGAAAGAGAGCAAACUUUUAAAAAGUAAGUUUCAUGCAACUGUAUGGCACUGUAGUUAUUUAAGGUGGUACUGGAGAAUAAAACUGUGCUUUUUGUUACUAGCUUGGAGCUGGCCAGUGCAUAACACUGUUUGCAAAGUUUCAGUUCAGGGCAAUCCCAUUUAAGGAACUAAAGUUUUGUUUCUAGGACCAAUUUAGCAGGAAAAAUUUGGUAAACUGAAAGCUAUAAAUGCAGUUGUGGUGAAGAAGAUUAUAUCCCUGACAGCAGACAAAUUUGACAGUUUUAAUAUCCAGCCUUGACUUAUAACACAAUUACACAUCACAAACUCCUUUGUUAUAGGAGCUUUUUACUUUGGAUUCAGGUUAUUUUGAAAGGAAAUCCUAUUUAUCAACUUCUCCUCACAUACUGAAGCACCUUGACGUUACAUGAAUUCCUCUAGUUAACACAUUUAAAAACAUGCACUUACUAUGUACUUUAAAUACAUCCACAUCCAUGAUCGUGUUGUCUGUCACUUUGUACAUUUUUGCGCUUCACCCCACAGGGCACAGUGGAUUGUGACCUUGAUUACAAUUAGAUUUUACAGUUGAUGUCAUAAAUUGCCUCUGUUUACUGUAGAAUUGAAUAUGAACUUGACCGAUCAAAAGAACUUUCUGCACAAAGUUGAUCAUGAUGCUAUAUAUCAGCUUAAAAUAUCUGUUGCCCCUGGGCAUUUCCUAUAGAAGUACAAUCAACUUUCUCUUAAGCGACCAUCCUUGGUGCAUGAGAAAGUGGUCGCUUACAAGAGGUGGUCACUCACGAGAAGUGGUCGCUAUGAGAGAGUUCACUGUAGUGGAAAGAUGUUAUUCAAGUGUCAAUUAACCUCAUCUUAUGUGAUCAUGUCCUUAAUUCACAUGACUACUCUGUUGUAUAAAACACUGGUAUAACAAGGAGAAAUUCAAUACUGAACACUCUUAGGGUAUAAGGGGUUGAUCAACCACAGCAUCUCUUGGUUUCUCUUGUUUCAAGGUCUGUGGCUUCCUGGUUUGAUGAAGAAGGAAAUCUGCUGUUUGAUAUUCUGGAAAAAGAUAUCAAAGAGCUUCAUGCUGGAGUUUCUUCAGAAAAGAAGGACAAGUGAAUUAUUGUUUCACAAGUCAUGAUAUGUUAACUUAGCUUGCAGUUGAACGACAAUAAAUUAAAAGAAAGCCAUUUGUCCGGAAUCUGUAUUGCUAAAUAGACUCAAGAACUGUUUGAUUUCUCCACGUAAAAAUUUACCCUUGAAGCUUCAAAUUCUCUUGACUGAUCUCCAUACAUUUCCUUACCGAAUACGUUAAGAGAAUUUGUAUAAAUAUCAGUGCAUUUUCCAUAAUGUGAUCAGUUUUCAUUAAUUCUAGUAACAUUUUCUCUUGAUUAUGAAUAGAUACUGACAGGAGAUAAUAAUUAAUGUCCAUCACUCUUAGGACGUAAAGGGUUAAACCUGCAAGUGCCUUGAAUCAACUGAAUCUGAGAAAUCUAAUUAACCUUCACCUCAUGGCGGUAGAAGCUUUUUUUUUUAAGUGUGUGAAAAGAACAUGGGGAUACCUUUAUCAGGGUUUUGGUUUUUGCUUUUCUUGCCUCUUUUUUAUGUCUUUUGCUGGCCAUCUUUUAGUAGGCUUCAUUUUGAUGGGAAAAGUUUUUAGGAAAGCUUUUUGGAUCUUAGGAAGAGUCCAAUUCAAAUGAAAUUCUGGAC